AUGCCUCAAUCAGUUAUUCGAACAUGCAAUGAUACGGUCAAAGGCAACAACACCGAGAUGCGAAUGACUUCAACGGGACAUUGUGAAGGUGUGCAGUCUAUCCCUGCACAAGACGCACAAUCGGAUCAACCACUUCAGAAGAACUUCAGCCUAGUCUCACUGGCCGGUAUUGGACUUGUAGUUGGAAACGUUUGGCCUGCACUAGCGGGUUCACUUGCCGCGUCUAUCUUUAAUGGUGGUCCUCCUGGAGCCAUCUAUGAAUUCCUCACUGUUUCACUCUGCUAUUUUUCGGUCGGGGCAGUAAUUGCAGAGCUUUCUUCGUCGCUGCCUUCUUCAGCCGGUGUUCACCUCUGGGCGUCUGUUCUGGCAGGGCCAAAGUAUGGCAGAUUGGUCGGGUAUUUUGCCGGCUAUUGGAACUGUCUUGCUUGGAUAAUCGCAGCAGCAUCCGUCUCCUCAAUUGCCAGCAACCUUUGCGUCGAAAUUUAUGCCUAUUUACAUCCCACAUACCAGAUUGAGCGAUGGCACACGCUCGUCGGAUACCUACUGCUCAACUGGCUCGCAUGCGCGCUUGUUACCAUGGCUAACAAGGUAGUGCCACGACUUAAUAUUGUGGGACUGGUAGUCCUUCUUAUCGGCGGAUUGACCACUAUUGUUGUUUGUGCCGCCAUGAUGGACACGGAUUCUGGACCAACUAAGAAUUCAUCCGUUUGGACCGACUGGGAAGCGGACAUUGGCUACCCAGACGGAUUCGUUUUCGUGGCCGGUAUGCUCAAUGGCGCAUUUGCGAUGGGAACACCCGACGCAACUGUCCACCUUGCUGAAGAGAUCCCUUUCCCUGAGCUAAAUGUCCCCAAAGCCAUUGCCGCUCAAUACAUCCUUGGGUUUCUCUCGGCUUUCGCAUACUUGAUUGCUGUUCUUUAUUCCAUUAGAGACUACAGCGCCAUUCUUACCGCUUCCUUUCCCAUUGCCGAGAUCUACUCUCAAGCAACACGGAGGUCUGACAUCGGAACCACAGCACUCCUGAUCAUAAUGCUCAUGUCUACAAUCCUAUGCACCAUUAGCCUACACGUUACCUUCGGCCGGACGCUUUGGACUUUAGCGCGAGUGAAUGCCACACCCUUCGCGAAGACUCUUGGCAAAGUGAGUGCAUCUAGGCAUAUGCCUGUAGCUGCUACUGUGACAGGCACAGUCGUGGUGAGCCUGAUUGGCGUUAUAUAUCUCUUCAGCACUUCAGCUUUCAAUAGUUUCGUGGCUAGCUUUAUCCUGCUGUCCUCUUCAUCGUAUAUUGCGGCAGCAGUGCCGUAUCUGCUACAGCGCUGGAAUGGCAAAUUCGUGCCAGGCCCAUUCUUCAUUCGAGGAGCACUUGGGUACGCUGUUCACAUCUUUGCAUGUGCAUACAUGGUGGUUUGGUUUGUCAUUUACUGUUUCCCUUACUCGUUGCCGACGGAUGCCGAGAGCAUGAACUACACGUCCCUGAUCUGGGGUGGCACCACCGCUCUUACUGGGCUCUGGUGGUUAUUAGAUGCCAGAAGGACAUGUGAAUGGCCGAUGAGAAUCGAAAGUUGUUAG